AUGCUUGUUCGCCAAGAAUGGCGGAGCCUCUCCGUUGCUGAGAGGACUUCAUACCUCAAAGCAGUUAAAUGCAUGCUCGAGAAGCCUGCCUUGACCUCCAAGGUAGAUCUUCCGGGCGCCCGAAAUCGGUUUGAAGAUUUCAUGGGUGAUCACAUUCGUCAGACGAACGACACACAUUUCGUUGGUCUUUUUUACCCACGACAUAGACUCCUCAUCUGGAACUAUGAGCAGGAAAUCAGAGCUUGCGGUUUCCGCGGCGCUCAUCCCUACUGGGACUGGUCCCUGGACUCCGGUUCAGCUGAUGAUUUCUUCAACUCCCCCGUCUUCGAUACCGAGACUGGUUUUGGAGGGAAUGGAGAGUUUCUGCCCCUUAACACUUCUGGUCUUUCUCCACAAUUUCCCAUAACUGAUGGAAAGGUUCCUUCUGUAAUAGCAGAUCGAACCGGUGGUGGCUGCAUUCCCGACGGGCCCUUUGCUAAUAUGACAAUCCACAUGGGCCCGGGACCGAGCACCGCUUACAAGGCGCAGUGUGUGCGCCGCGACUUCGUGCCAUCUUAUUUCAUGGCCUCUGGCAGCGUAGAAGCUGUGUCGACUGCGAUGGGUUACGUCGACUUUGGCUCAUUCACACGUCAGACGGAGCUCACGGUCCAUGGGGCAGGACACAUCGGCGUCGGCGGGCUCUACGGCGUCUUGACUGAUGCUUGGGCGAGCCCUGGUGACCCGCUCUUCUACCUCCACCACGCCAAUAUGGACAGACUCUGGUGGUCGUGGCAGUCUAAGAAUCUGUCAACGAGGUUGACUGAGAUUUCUGGUCCCAUCAUUGCGAACGACUGGUUGAAUGAAAAGGGCCGCAACGUGACUUUGGACGACGUUGUAUUUGUUGGGACGACUGUUAACGUGACGAUGCCCAUUCGAGACGUGAUGGACAUUCGUAAAUCGCUAGGAUAUGUGUACGACAAGUUGUACUGA